UUCCUGAUUAUUAUUUUCUACCUAUACUAUGGCGUCCAAAAGUAAUCGCCAAUAUGACCUCAUCCUUCUCGGCGCAACAGGCUACACGGGUAAGUUGACAGCAGAGUAUAUCACAAAGCAUCUUCCAAGGGACUUGAAAUGGGCAGUGGCCGGUCGCAAACAUGGCAAGCUAGCAGAUGUUGUGGAAGGCCUGCGAGAAGUUGACCCGGAUAACAAGCAACCUGCAAUCGAAGCGACUGAGUUUUCCAAGGAAGGCUUAGACGUUCUAGUACGCAAGACACGGGUCCUGAUAACUACCGUCGGGCCUUUCCAUCUCCACGGCAGUGCGGUGAUGGAAGCAUGCGCAAAUGCUGGGACACACUACAUUGAUAGCUCUGGAGAAACGCCCUGGGUUUACGAAGUAACGCAAAAGUACCACAAGCUCGCCGAGUCGAACCAGGCCAUCCUGAUCACACAGUGUGCUAUGGACUCCGCACCCGCUGAUCUUGCCGCCUACGUCCUUGCCAGUUUUCUUCGGGCCAAAUUCGACGAAGGCACAGCUGAGUUGGUCCACGGAGUACAGGAGUUCAACAAUGCCAUGAGCGGCGGCACACUGCACAGUCUCAUUACGGUCGCGUCUUCGUAUCCAUUGAGUCAUCUUCGAGAAGCUAGUCGCCCACUGUCGCUCUGUGUUGAUGGUGCACUUCCCGCCGUGUCCCCAACUACUCUCAACAUGCUUGGAUCACAUCGAAAACCGGGGAUCGGACUGCUGACGGAUUCGGUCAUUGGCAUAUCAGAUACCAACCUUGUGUACCGCUCAUGGAGUUUGAUGGGUGGAGGCGAGUACUAUGGGCCUAGGUUCAGCUACUUCACUGGCAUGAAGGCUGCAAACCGCGCUUCGGGUUUCUUGUGGCAUCUUGCUAUGACGGCUGCCAUGCCGAUGCUCCUGCUUCCGCCUGUUCGCAAGCUCUUGACGACUUUCGUUACGCAGCCUGGCGAAGGCCCGACUAAAGAGUAAGUGGAAUGCAAUGCUUGAAUCGCAUGUAAAUUACCCUUGUUGGUACAUACCGAGCUAACCAACCCUUUCUGUGUGCAUAGAGCUCAAGGAAAAAACUCGACAACUUGGAAGUCGAUUGCACAUAGCGAUUCUGAGACUCCCCACACAGCCGUGUGUAACAUGUCUUUCGCUGGUGAUAUGUACUCGUUGACGGCGAUUCUCUUGGCUGAAGCGGCCAUGGUGCUUUUACGUCCUGAUCGCGAGAACUGGGCGCAGAAGCUGGGUGGCGGAGUGUUCACGCCAGCGACUCUUGGAGACCAGUUCGUGGAGAGAGUAAAGGUAGCGGGGCUGAAGACUGAGGUGAAACUCGUUGAAGGGUAGGGAUGUGUGAUAGUAGAGCGGCGUUAGUUGCGUGUGCUGAACGAUGCUGGCAGACCCGAUAAUAAUAAUAUAAAAGUUUCUACACCCAAUCUUCACAUGUUUCGUCCGUGGAACAAAC